AUGCACAAGUACGACUUAUGGAAGGCCAUCCGAAUCUGCUCGUGGGUUGUGCGAUUUACAAGGAACUGCAGAGCUAAACGCCAGCAAAGGAUCACCGGACCAAUCACUACCGAAGAGACAGCCAACCAGUUGCAGUUCUGGGAAAGAAGAUCACAAGUUAGGAGUCAAGGCACCAUCAAGUUUGAUGAAGACCAAAUGAAACUGAACCUCCAGAAGAACCUAGAUGGGAUAUUCGAGUGCCGAGGACGUAUUCAAGGCCACUACCCAAUUUACCUACCUGGCGAUGGCGUGUUUACUGGAAAACUAGUGACACACCUCCACAACCAGACCCUACAUGGGGGAGUUGGUUUCACCAUGGCCAAAGUACGCGAGACGUAUUGGGUACCCAGAUUGCGCCAGCUUGUUAAACGCCUUAUCAAGCGGUGCUAUGGAUGCAAAAGAUUUCAUGUAUCAUUUGCCAACCCUCCUCCAGGCAACCUACCUACAGAUAGAACAGAGGGAACCUCGCCCUUUCAGGUUGUUGGAAUAGACUACGCCGGACCGAUCAAGUACCGUGACAGCAAAAACAAAGGAAAAGCGUACAUAGUCCUGUAUGCCUGUAGCCUGUCCCGAGCCUUGUACCUCGAAUUGACCAAGACCAUGGAGACUGAAGAGUUUAUCACCACUUUGAAGCGGUUCAUAGCAAGAAAAGGUCGUCCUGUAAAAAUCUAUUCAGAUAAUGGUAGGACCUUCGUAGCUGCAGCAAAGUGGCUACGGAAUGUAAUGCAAGACGAGCGCCUCCAUGACUACCUUGCCAAGAUGAAUAUCAAAUGGCAGUUCAAUCUCAGUAGAGCUCCAUGGUGGGGCGGGCAAUUUGAACGGAUGGUCGAUAUUGUCAAGCAGGCCUUCAAUAAGUCUGUCGGAAAUGGAACCCUCACCUGGGCAGAACUGCAGGACGUGCUGCUAGACGUGGAGGUCGCGCUGAACAACCGUCCUCUGAGUUAUGUAGAAGAAGAUCUACAGCUUCCUUUGUUGACCCCUAACAUGUUACAGUUCGGACGCCCUAACUUGUUGCCUGAUCCUGAAGCACACCAUCAAGAGCAUCCUGAUCUGAGAAAGCGUGCAAGAUAUCUUGCCAGAUGCAAAGAUGUGAUCUGGAAAAGGUGGUCUGCCGAGUACCUAAGGGGACUACGCGAAAGGCACAACAUGAAACACAACAAAAGGCAGCUAUCUGUAACAAGUGGGGACGUCGUUAUUAUCAAGGGCGACGAGAAGAACCGCGGGCAGUGGAAGUUAGGAAUCGUAGACGAGCUGUUUCCAGGAAGUGAUGGUGUCAUCAGGGCCGUUAAAUUGCGAGCUGGGAAGUCUUAUCUAGAGAGGCCCAUACAGCACCUCUACCCGUUGGAGCUAUCUUGCGACAGGACCACAGACAAAUCCAAAGCACCACUGAACGCAGAGGCGCCAACCUUCAGGCCGACCAGAGACGCUGCAGUCGCUGCGAGGGCGCGAAUUCGAAGUAUCGCAAGUGAUGAGGAGUUUGGUUGA